AGUCUGCCGAAAAUUCACACGAAUAAGUGGAUUUGUAGUUCUUCCUGUACAGUACUUUCUUAGCAGCUAGCUACGUGGUUUUAGCAAGACAGUGGAAUGGACGUUAUGCUUCAUAUGAAAAUGAUAAAGGACAUUUUAAGUGUGUUUUGCACAAUUUGUGUUGUCACCAAGUUUACCACUGCAGCCCAAGACGGCUCUGAUGGGAAAAAGGACCAAGAGUGUUACAACUACGCUGGAGGACACGUCUACCCUGGAGAGGCUUUCCGUGUGCCCGUCUCUGAUCAUUCCUUGCACCUCAGCAAGGCAAAAAUUUCAAAGCCUGCACCUUACUUUGAGGGAUCAGCUGUCAUCGAUGGCGAGUUUAAGGAGCUCAAACUGUCGGACUACAAAGGGAAAUACCUAGUCUUCUUCUUCUACCCCCUGGACUUCACGUUUGUCUGCCCAACUGAGAUUAUUGCGUUCAGUGAUCGCGUGCACGAGUUCCGUGCCAUCAAUGCUGAGGUUGUUGCCUGCUCUGUCGACUCACAAUUCACGCAUCUGGCAUGGAUCAACACACCCAGGAAGCAGGGUGGACUUGGACCAAUGAAAAUCCCUCUGCUGUCUGACCUCACACACCAGAUUUCCAAAGACUAUGGAGUCUUCCUGGAGGACGCAGGACACGCACUCAGGGGCCUGUUCAUCAUCGAUGACAAGGGCGUCCUGAGGCAGAUCACCAUGAAUGACCUCCCCGUGGGACGCUCUGUAGACGAGACUCUGCGGCUUGUCCAAGCCUUCCAGUAUACUGAUAAACACGGCGAAGUGUGCCCAGCAGGAUGGAAGCCCGGCAGUGACACAAUAAUCCCAGACCCAGCGGGCAAACUCAAGUACUUUGACAAGCUGAACUGAACCUCUAACACUUUGGUUAAAGCUCAGAAUAAAAACAGUUUUGAUAA